GGCGGCUUUCAUGAAAAGUUGACAUAAUGACACGAGAAUGUAAACCUUAUGUAAAACAAGUAAUUGACAGCUAUAUUGAGCAUGUUUCGCUCUGCCGGCUACUAUCGUGGUGUGAAUUGUCCAUUCUUUGCCAGCGGACUUUGUGAACGCCCGUAUUGUCACUUUAGACACGUCAAACAAGAUCACAAUGAAGAUCUGAAUAGUAGACCACAUACACCAUCAAAGGAUGCUAGUACAUACUUGGAGAAGCUAUCGGAUGGACAGUUUCCAUUGACCAGUGAAUGUAUCAAGUCUUUCUCCAAAGAGAGCGAUGUGGAUGAGAAAAAAUCUGGGGAUCAAAUUCUUAACAAAUAUACAGGUGAACCAAUAAUUGAUGAGGAAGCUGAACAUAAUGAGUUGGGAAAUAUUUCGACAAAUGUAAAUGACAUCAAUAAAUACACAGGAAAACCUGUGGAGUAUAACAAAUACACAGGAGACCCUAUUUAUCAUAAAGAGGAUGCAACAGUAUCGUCUCUGAAUAAGCGAUGGACAGAGGCAGUGCUUGGUAGUACCACUCCUACCUAUAAUCCUACCCCAUUGAGUGAAUUACAAAAAAGAAAUGCAAAUCCAAGUGUGAACAAGUAUUCAUUGUCAGCAAGUACUAGUACUUCUAGUCAAGAGUAUGACCCAGAAUCAAACUACUCCACCUCUACCAAAAUCAACCAUGUGCAGGUUCCCCAAGUUGGUCGUCCCUCCUAUACCACUAAGAGGUCGUGUAGCUAUGACCCUUCAAAUGCCCAGUACAAAAAACCUGUUCUCAAAAGACAACGUGUGGCCUCAUUCUUUGAUGCAAAAUUUAGUUCAGAUGAAGAAGAAAAUACGAAAAAUGAUAGUGGAAAGGAUGAAAAAACAGUUUCAAGUGAUAAGGAAGACAAAUUUCAUCUGAAGGAUGUUGAUUAUUUUGAGAAGCUGUUGAAUGGACCGAAGGAUGUUGAUGUGAAAAGUAGUCGUGUAAAAGUUGAAAGUGAUGAUUCAUUGGAUUCCCUGGAUGAAGAUGUUGAUGUCACACCAUUAAUUGAAAAGUGUAGGAGACGUUCACAGUCAGGGGGCACUGAUCAAGACAGUACUGAGGAGAAAACUGAAGAUAAGUCAAAUGUCUCAAGUACAGAUAAGGGAGAUAAUUCACAUACCAACACAGAAAUUCUCUCUGAUAAGGUUAAUGAAAGCUCUAAUUCAAUAGAUAGAAAGACAAAGAAAAAAUCGAGAGUGGAAUCAACCAACAGUAUUGGCAGUGAAAAUGGAAACUCUGCUGAAAUUAGUGAUAGAAAAAAUGACAAGAAAAAUAGUGCUUCAUCACAUUCAAAAUCAUCCCAUCAUAGAACUAGCAAAUCAUCGAAGGAAUGCUCAUCAAAAGAUUCUCAGGGGAAUGGAAGUUCAACUCAUAAAUCAUCAAAGGAGUCAUCAUCUUCCCACCAGGGGACUAGUAUUUCAUCUCAUAAAUCUUCAAAGGAAUCAUCAUCUUCCCACCAAGGGACUAGUUUUUCAUCUCAUAAAUCUUCAAAGGAAUCAUCAUCUUCCCAUCAAGGGACUAGUGUUUCAUCUCAUAAAUCUUCAAAGGAGUCAUCAUCUUCCCACCAAGGGACUAGUGUUUCAUCUCAUAAAUCUUCAAAGGAGUAUUCAACAAAGUUAUCACAUAAAAAAACAGAACCUAACAAAUCCUCGCAUAAAAGUGACAAGAGUUCCGAUCAUCCUUCAUCACCAAAGUCUAGUACUUCUGUAUAUAAGGCCCAAAAGAUCAUAACCAAACGCAAAUCCAGAGACUCUCAAGACAGCAAAUCAUCAGAAAAUGAAAACCAUAUGUGUAACACUGAAAAGUCAAAGGAUUUAUUCAAAACAUCAAAUAAUCGUCACAAACAUUCAAGACAUUCAAACUCAGAAUCAACAUCUUCAUCUUCAGACAAACACCAGCAUAAUUCAGAAAAAGAUCACAAGAAACAUUCUACUGACAAUUCAUCACAUAGCUCAGGGUCAAGUAAAGGUAGCAAAGACAGGCAAAAUAGAGCCAAACAGAAAGAUACAGGUGAUCAAAAAGGGACCAAGUCAAAGUCUGUGAGCUCUGAAAGGAGGAAAUCUUCAGAGACAACCAAGAAGAAAAUUGUUGAUAUAAAUGUGGAUCUUUUUGGUGCUGAGAGUGAGGAUGAGGAUGAUGAUGACCUGGUGGAGGUGCCCAUGGCGACAGACGGACAUCUUUCUGAGAAUGACAUGGUAGCGUUCCUCAAUGAUAGUGACUACUCUGAUGAGGACAUUGAUAGAUAUGAUGAGUGUUUGAGAAUAUUUCAGGAAAACAAAGGGGUAAAGAAUAAUGCCAACAAAAAGAAAUCAUCUCCAGAAAAAGCUCAUGAUGCAAAGGUCCCACCAGCUUCAUCUGGCAAGCAACGCAUGGCACACAAGAAAGAUUCUGAGGUUACCAGAAAAGUUAAAGUGUUCGAGAAACCAAAGUCCAAGAUGUCUCCAGCGGAAGUGAUGCAUAAUCGCUUCCUCCAAAUACAGAAAAAGGCCCAGGAGGCUGCUGCUGCCGCCAGUUCUAGAAAUAAUGAAACAGCCUCAUCCUCAACAACAAAAAACCUUUUGUUGUCUGGGAAGAAGAAAAGGACUGCCCACAACCCAUCUACCUCUAAAAGGAAUGGUAAAUCCUUGGAGAAAACUGUCGUCACCACUGCAUCACGGACUGAGAAAAGAAAGGCUCGCACUCCCAAUAUUUCUAACUUAGUAAGACCAACAAUUCCAUCAGAGUUUGGGAGUAAAGUACCAUUUAACAUCCGUCAACGAUAUCUCAAUCUCAUCAUCGAUGAAUGUCUCAAAAUUUGUGAUACUGAAAAGGAAGCAUUCGAUAAGGGCCAGGUGGAGGAGAGUGCUGUCUAUAAGAGGGCUUCUAGUAAAACAGUAUACCUCAACGUUGCCGUCAACACCAUUAAAAGACUUCGCACAGAACAAGCUGGCCCAUCUGAUUCAAAAAAGCCAAAGCAGUCUGUGUUUCAUCUAUCACACGAACAGAUUCUGGGGGGCAAAAAUGCCACAAAGACAACAUUCACAAUCAAUCGAUCUGGAGGAGGCUCUAAGUUACAGGAAGAAAACUUCAAAGGUGCUGAAUUGUUUAAGCGUCUGACGCGGUACAUUUUGACAGAAGAACAAAUGAAGGAGAAUGGUUUUCCUAGACCCUCUCCUACUGAACCAGGCUCGGCUGUAUUCUUUGUGGAGCCAAGGAAGAAAAUCAAAGUACAGUCAUCCAAACCAACAAAUUAUGAGAAGUUGUGUGUUCGAUGUGGCAAGAUGUUCACUGUGUAUCCCAACGGAACCUAUGCAACCAAAGAGGAAUGUUCCUUUCACUGGGGCAAGGCAUGGAAAAAACGCAUUGCUGGUAUGAUUGAUACUAGGUACACCUGUUGUCAAGGUGACCUUUCAUCAGACGGUUGUCAGAUUUCUAAGGGCCAUGUCCACGAGACCAACAAAUGGGAAGCCCUGUCUGGGUACAUGAAGACUUUUCCUUGCUCACCACCAUGUGAUGGAGACUAUGGAGUUUUUGCUUUGGACUGUGAAAUGGUGUACACAAAGUUGGGACUCGAGCUUGCACGAGUUACUGUGACUGACCCAGAAAACGAUUGUGUGUAUGAAACUCUUGUGAAACCAGAUGCUGCAGUUGUGGACUAUAACACCAGGUUCAGUGGAUUGACAGAGGAGGACCUGAGGGAUGUGACCACUACUCUAAGGGACGUACAAGCUGUCCUGCUCAGUCUCUUCUCGGACCGAACCAUCAUUAUGGGACACAGUCUGGAGAGUGAUUUCUCUGCUAUCAAACUGCUGCAUAAUACAGUUGUGGACACAUCCGUAGUAUUCCCGCACAAGAUGGGACCACCCUACAAAAGAGCUCUUAAGACUCUAAUGGCCGAGUACCUGAAGAAAAUUAUCCAGGAUGCUGUUGGUGGCCAUGACAGCAAAGAAGACUCCACAUCCUGUAUGGAGUUGAUGCACCUGAAAAUUAAAGAAGAUGCACGCAAAGAGCCCAGGCGAAGCUGAUCAUUGAGCAAAGAGCCCAUGCGAAGCUGAUCAUUGAUACCGUAAUGAACAGAUGUCAAAUACUUUUAAGCUUGAUAGUCAUUUACAUUGGAAUCAAAAAUUACCCUGUCAUCUUAUCGUGUCAUCGUAAAACUUUGUUAAAGCAGCAAUUCAGGAAACAUCUGGGGAAACAAAAUCAUGUUUAUUUCCAUCUUUUUUCACUUAUCAAUAAAGGUUAACUUAUUUAUAUUUUACAGUUCCAAAUGGAUAAUGUGGUUCUACUGUAUGUAAGCUGUUAAACGUGUAUAAUGAUAAUGUGACCGUUUGUUGUCGUGUAUUUCUUGUAGAUCAAGAUUUUAUCAUAGAAAGGGUGCGAAAAAAUAUUUUCAAGUACUUCUGUACAAAUAUAGUUGUUCGUAUAAGUCGCAUAUACAAUGCUGUAUGAGAGAGGUACAGCUAGAAAACCUCAUUAGUCUAACAACGUGGACAUUAAUGGUUCCUUGAUUUUAAGAUUAAUGUAUUGUAUAUAAUUCAUGAAAAUCCUCCGAAAAUGAAAGAAAAACAGCAUUUUGUGUAACUCAUCACAACAGGUUUGUGUAGUGUGCAUUAUUGUAGUACGUUCAUGGUUUCUCAAAAAUAUGUUGUUUACUUGUCGAAUGUAUGCAUAUGACAGUCUAGCAGUGCUAAAUAUAUCUAACAGCUGUAGAUUCAUUUUCAAUUUUAUAUUUUAAAUUCUUAUGCACUUUCAGAACAGUUGGUUUAGUUACGAAUUUGUUUUGCACCAAAGAUUAAAAUUUAUAUCUAUUAAAGGGUUGUAUUUGAAGUAUUCCUGUUUCAUUUUGAAAGCAGUGUCAUAAUGAUUUUACAGUAAUCAUUUGUAAUAGAAAAAGCAGGCUAUUUUCAGAUUACAUAUUAUGCAUAGCUUGAGAGACUUUGUAAACAGUUACUGUAAUUAACCUUGUAGAGAAGUUUGUAAAUAUGUAUUUAUAUACCUAAUGACCAGUUUAUGUAGAAGAGAGAGUAUUUAUUUCAUUAUUUUCUAUGCUGUUUUUGUAUUCUUUAUAAAAUGGCCAGGCCAAUGAUAACAAGCUAGAGGUAUUAGUACCCCUAUAAAUCACUGAUAUAUUAACAAGCUAGAGGUAUUAGUACCCCUAUAAAUCACAGCUAUAUUAACAAGCUAGAAGUAUUAGUACCCCUAUAAAUCACUGAUAUAUUAACAAGCUAGGCGUAUUAGUACCCCUAUAAAUCACAGCUAUAUUAACAAGCUAGGCGUAUUAGUACCCCUAUAAAUCACAGCUAUAUUAACAAGCUAGGCGUAUUAGUACCCCUAUAAAUCACAGCUAUAUUAACAAGCUAGAAGUAUUAGUACCCCUAUAAAUCACUGAUAUAUUAACAAGCUAGGCGUAUUAGUACCCCUAUAAAUCACAGCUAUAUUAACAAGCUAGGCGUAUUAGUACCCCUAUAAAUCACUGAUAUAUUACAAGCUAGGGGUAUUAGUACCUCUAUAAAUCUUUGAUAUAUUAACAAGCUAGGUGUAUUAGUACUCCUAUAAAUCACUGAUAUAUUAACAAGCUAGGCGUAUCAGUACCCCUAUAAAUCGCUGAUAUAUUAACAAGCUAGGCGUAUUAGUACCCCUAUAAAUCACCGAUAUAUUAACAAGCUAGGCGUAUUAGUACCCCUAUAAAUCACCGAUAUAUUAACAAGCUAGGCGUAUAAGUACCCCUAUAAAUCACUGAUAUAUUACAAGCUAGGGGUAUUAGUACCUCUAUAAAUCACUGAUAUAUUAACAAGCUAGGGGUAUUAGUACCUCUAUAAAUCACUGAUAUAUUAACAAGUUAGGAGUAUUAGUACCCCUAUAAAUCACUGAUAUAUUAACAAGCUAGGGGUAUUAGUACCCCUAUAGGAAUACCUUCAGUAUUAUCUUUUUGUUAAUCAUGAAAAUGUAAGUAAAAUGAAGUAAAAUGGCAAAUACAGUCGAAUAUUUAUAAGAGACAGUAAUGGUUGAGAAUAUAAUUCGUUUCAUCGGUGUGGCAGGUUGUACGUUAUCAUAUAGACUGAGAAUUGUUACAUUAAUCACUGGACUUUUGUUUGCCAUUAAACUCACUUCACCAAGUGUCACUCCAAUGAGAUUGUUUUUUCAGUAUUUUAUAUAGAAAAAUAAAACUACUUAAACAUAGGUAUUUCAGCAUCAGCAUUACAAGUCAUAUCAGUAUGUUUUCAUUACAGUUACACUAGACAAUUAUUUAUUAUUUUAUGACAGAUAUUGUUAAUUUACAAGACUCGUGCAUGUUAUUUUUUGUUACCAAAUGUUACAUAUUUGCUGUGUUGAACUCUGUACAAACUCAUAAUGUUACUUGCUUUUAUCAGAUCCAUACACUGAUAGCAGUUAUCAGAUCCAUACACUGAUAGCAGUUAUCAGAUCCGUACACUGAUAGCAGUUAUCAGAUCCAUACACUGAUAGCAGUUAUCAGAUCCAUACACUGAUAGCAGUUUUGUAAGAUGAGAUUUCAAGAUAUGAAAAUAAAAAACGGAUUGAAAAAUGAA